AUGAAUUUUAGUACUAGUAAUAAUUAUCCUCCUCCUCCUGGUGGUGGUGGCGGCGGAGGAAUGGGUCCUCCUCCUGGUGGUGGUGGCGGUGGAAUGGGUCCUCCACCAGACUUUGGUUCGUCCAUGAUUACACCCCUCCAAAGGCAUGUAGCUUUGUAUGGAUACAGUAUUCUUUUUAUCUUUGGCUUUUUUGGUCAUGCUACAACUAUUACAAUAUUUCUUCGUCGAACUCUUCGUAGUGUUUCGACGAGUUGUCUAUUUGUAUGCAUGACUAUAUCCGAUAUAGUCUAUCUAAUAACGUGUUUCUACCAAUACAUUUUUCUUGGUCUUGGUGUUCCCACAACAAAUACCAGCUUGAUGAAUCUAUUAUGUCGUAUUUAUACAUAUAUUCAAUAUUUUUCAAUGUGUUGUACAGCUUGGUUAUUAUUAACAAUUACAAUUGAUCGAUGGCUUCGUAUUAGAUUUCCUUUUCGAGUUAAACAACUCUGUACAAGAAGAAGAGUACUUAUUGGUGCAUGUGUUAUCGUUAUUUGUUCUGCUUUACUCAAUUUUCAUUUAGCAUUUCCUUCAACAGGUGUUGUACCUGGUUCAACUGCGUGUGCCAUUGGUUCUUCAGCAAGUGCUACAUAUCAAUACUUUUACUCAAACAUUUGGCCUAUUCUAUUAACGAGUCUUCAAAUAAUCUUACCAACAAUAUUUCUUCUGGGAUUAAGUAUUAAUAUAUUUAUUAGACUUCGUCGUCAGCAACAACAGCAACAACGAUUAAAACAAGGUCGUCGUGCUUUUCUCGAUCGACAAAUGUUAAUAAUUAUGCUUACUAGUAUCUUUCUCUUUUUCAUUACACAAAUUCCAUUGAGUCUUUUCAAUAUUCUUAUGAUUUAUGUUCUUCGACCAAGACUUUCAGUACAACAACAACUUGAAUUUAAUACUAUUUCUAUUUUCGUUGCAUCGAUCAAUUAUUCAGCUUCAUUCUAUAUUCAUUGUUUAUCAAGUCGACUCUUUCGAACAGAAUUUUUCAAUAUAAUACAUUUUAGACGAAAUCAACGUAUAGGUAUUAUAACACAAAUGUUGGGUUUAGAAGGAUCUCUAACACAAACACAAAUUCAAUUAUUUCAAUUACCACCAACAAAAUUCAUGAAAACAUAG